AUGGGUAGUUCCGGUUCCACAGCAUCAUCCUCUUCUUCUUCUGUAGCAGCAGGUUUUACUCUUCCAACUCCAUACACAACCACUGUUACUGACAAUGGUACCGUACUUUCAGAGAUAAUCUCUUACUUCUCCACUGACGGUGCAACAGGUACCACCACAUCUACUAUUCCAGCAGCUCAAGUGACAUCUUCAUCUGCUGCAGUCACUUCCUCCGCAGUUGAUGCACCCACCUUUUCUUUACCAGAUGCUUACACAACAACUUUUACAUACGAUGGGUAUCCCGUUUCUGAAGUCGUUUCAUUUGAAGCAAAUGAAGUUGAUGGUGUAACUCAAACGGCUACCGUCACUUCUCAAUUCCCAGUUGAUAGAUAUGUUACUGUUACCGUCACGGAAGUUGAUCCAGUUACCGUUACAACAGAUGUUACUGAUGCCGCCAAGACAAUUAACAGUACCGUUUAUGUAACAAAAACUGUUGAAGCAACUGUUACCAAACAAUAA